CGAUGCACCGCGGUUGCAUACAACAUAGCCAUCUUGUCAAGAGCGACUGAGUGAGGGAGGUAGCUGUAGACGCUGUUUAGACUCAUUUGUUUUAAAGCGUAAAAUUUAAGAGGACUAUCCUCCCCCUACCGCAGGUAGCUUCAAAGUAAGUGUCGCCACCGAAAGACUUUAAGGUAGUGAAGUGAGAGUGUACAAAGGACUGCUUUCGUGAAGAUGUCUCACAUACUUGUUCCGACGUAGGGGGAGUGUGCAGCAACCAGUUGGCUUGACUUGCUAGCUAGCUCGGUGAGUGAAGGGCUGCGGGCCCUCCUCAGCCUAAAGUAGCUUCUGCGGCUGGGUUACUCAUUCUGCGGCAACGGCCGUUUGACAACUGCACAACCGGGAUAUUAGCAGGCCGGUCCGGACUGACCGAAAACUCUAGAUCAAUCCUCUCACAGGCGGCUGGUAUCGGUCUCUAAAGCUGCAUUGCUGGGCACGACGACACGAAGUGUGGCUUUGCGUUAUGAGCUCAUGAAACGCAACAGGAGACCGAGAGAGGAAGAGGGAUGGCGCAGAUUCAUCUUGAUUACAGUUAGCUAAGCUAAGUAAAAUAGGUGCAAGUGUGCUGUUUAAUAUGAUCUUAAGCUUUUAGAAGCUGCAACCAGCUCGUCCCUUUUUGACGGAGGAUAAACAAAGCCACACGGGACUUGGAAUCAGGCUGUCAAUAUGUCGAAAAUGCCGGCCAAGAAAAAGAGCUGUUUUCAGAUCACAAGUGUGACUCAGGCCCAGGUGGCGGCUAUAGGUGCCACCGAUGACACGGAGAGUCUGGACGACCCGGACGAGUCACGGACUGAAGACAUGUCGUCGGAAAUGUACGACAUGUCGCGGGCUGAGUACGAGCCUGCGUGUGACAGAAGUUCAUCUGAAGAAGCCCUGAAUAAUGUUGGAGAGCCAGAGGCAAUCAGUGUUACGGCACCAUCACACACACCUCAAGCCGGUCAGUUGUCUGCGCUGUCAGGCAAUCCCAUUGGAGAGUUUCGAAAAGUGGGAGUGUCGGGCUCAGCUCAAGGUGGACAGCAGCCGCCGGGGAUUGGCGUUACAACUGGUUUACCCCUUAUCACUCAGCCUGGGGCAAUGCAGCAACAGCCUGCUUCAGCAACCAGCGCUGGGCCAGCCAGUGUGUCAGUAAACACCUCCCAACCCGCUGCAGUGACCAGUUCGGCUCCUCCUCCUGCCACCUCAACGGUGAGUUGCACUUCACGCUUCAGGGUCAUUAAACUCGAUCAUGGUACUGGAGAACCCUUUCGAAGAGGCAGGUGGACGUGUACAGAGUUUUAUGAGAAAGACUCUGAGGGCUCUGUUGUUAGUAGGACUGUAGAUAGCAUUAGGCAUGCCAGUGCAACAUUGGACCCUGCUGCAGACAGAGACAGUGGGCUUGGGCUCACAGGAGGCUCUGCUGUUGCCCCGGCAACACACUCAGGUCAGGGCUUGGGCUCCAUGGCGGAUGCCUCUCUCGCUUCAUCCCGCAUGCAUUCAGUGGAGACACUACCACAGCAGCAGCAACAAAUCCACCAUCAAAACUUCAGCGCCCGCCAACAGGGCGUUAGUGGGUCAGCCAGCCAGAGUGCUUUCUCUAGCAGCAAGCCUACAGCUGUCCCAGCUCAGCCAGCAGUGGGAGGUCUGCAGCCUUCUGCUCCCCAGAGCGUGCUGCCUGUCGGACAAAAUGGCUUGCCUCAAUCUGGUGCCCACAUACAAAAGUCCCCCAUCAUGCCUCCCUCAGCCCAAUCCAUCGCUUACCCUCCCCAGCAGCAGCAGCAACAACAGCAGCACCUUCCUAUGGGCCACCCCUUGACCAGCCAGUCAUCUGGAUUGAUGCAGAACCAGACGGAGUACUACCAGCCGCAACAGCCUGCUUCCAUGCAGCCAGGGCUUUCCACUGGCCAGUCUAUCCCAGUGUCCAGCCUGUCUGCAGGGCUGCAGCCUGUGGGACAAGGACCCGCUUCGGUCAUUCCUCCAGCCUCUGGAGGGGCUUCUGUGCCAAGUCAGGUUGGAGAUAUUGCUGGAGCAGGAGGGGGAUCUGUACCUACUGGACAACCAGCUCCAGGCCUCUUGCAGCAGCAGACGGUAGGAAUGGGAGGUGUUGGAGGCUCAAUACUGGUUGGUGGAUCCACUUUACAUCAGCAGAGUCAGUAUGCAGCGACUGGACAGCCUCAACCCCAUGGUCUCCACAAUACAUCCUCUGGUGUACAAAAUGUGCCUGCCAUCGCAGUGAGCUCCAGUAUGCCCAGUACUGUGCCCACUGCCGUGCCCAGUGCCUCCAGUGCAGCCAUGCCAAAUUUGACAGCUUCCAGUUUGCCUCUUGGUCAGAUACCCCACAGCAAGACUCCAGUGGCUUUGGGGGCGCAUGGCCUCCCAGCAACUGGUUUUGGACAGAUAGAGGGUGGCGGUGGAAGGAAGUUGGAGGGUCUCGUCAACACACAGUCUCCUGUUGUCUCUGGGAAGGAACCGGUGAGGCCCUUCAUGCCUGAGAGCCUGCAGCUCACCACUCCAGCUGUGACCAGCCUGUUUGGAAUCCACAUACCUGUCGAUGGGGAGGAGGACAGUGCCUCUGGAACCAAUGUUGUUGCCAUUGAUAAUAAAAUUGAACAGGCUAUGGACCUGGUGAAAAGCCAUCUGAUGUAUGCAGUGCGUGAGGAGGUGGAGGUCUUAAAGGAGCAGAUCAAGGAGCUGUAUGAGAGGAACUCUGUGCUGGAGAGGGAGAACGCCGUGUUGAAAUCUCUGGCCAACAGCGAGCAGCUGUCUCAGCUGUCCGCCCAGUCAGCCGCCAGCUCCGGCGCCACACCUCCCCAGCAAGGACUCACCCAGCCUCCGCUUCAAGUCCAGCCUCAGCCUCAGCCUCAGUCACACCCCCAGCUCCAGCACCACCCCAAACCCCAGCAGCUCCAGACUCAGCCUCAGCUCGACCCUGGCCAACAACAACAACAACAACUGCAACCCAACGUCACCUCUGCUUGAAGUGCAUCUGCUCUACUUCGCAUGGGGCAGAAAAAAAAGAAGCGCAUCUUCUUUACAACUUAUUACAGUUAGUGUUUGUGAAAUUAAAAAGAAGAAAAAAAAACUUUGUCUUCUUAGCCACCAGCUUGACCACAAAGUACAAUGCUUUUGUGUGUGUGUGUGUGUGUGUGUGUGUGUGUGUGUGUGUGUGUGUGUGUGUGUGUGUGAGUGAGAGGGUGAGUUAGCAAGCGUGAAUUUGGUGUUGGGAUGUAAGUGUGUAUGCAUCUGUACUGUGGGCCUUUCCAGUGUUAAUGCAAUCAUCAAGAGAGAGAGAGAGAGAGAUUCAAAGAGAGUGUAAGCGUGUACAGAGACAGAGUAUCAGGGAAGGUCGGGGUGUUUUGUUUUAUUUUAUUUUAUUUUUUUAUUUUUAUUUUUUCCUUCCAUCUUGGCUUGAAGGCUGGGUCCAAGCUUCUGGAGAGGAGGUCCUUUCUUGGACCAGGCCCGAGCAAGACAGGCCUUCGACCAGACCUGAAACCUGCUCAAACCGAGUGUGUGGAAAGGGAGGGGUACACCUCACGUAAGGGACAAACAGGAGUGAUUGUCAAAAAGAGAGCGAUUAUUUUUUUAAAUGAGAAAACUGAGUGGGUAAAGAGUUAUUUUUAGCUUUGCUGUUUCAUGUUGUAAAGCAAGAAGUGGGGGGGGGGGUCUGUUUUUCCGGAACGCCACACCGCUGCAGUUACUAUUACAUCAAGUCCAACUCUUGCAUCUGUCUUUUGAGUUCUACUGUUAAGUGUUUUAUUUAUUACAGGGCUGCUAUUUUCAUAAAUGAACCAUUUCAUGAAAACUGUUUAACAGUAGCCCAUUGACUUGUUUCCUCUUUUGACAGUGUUUCAACAGAUUUGGCCACACAUCCCAGGGGCAAUGUUUUAUAUUUAAUUUUCAAAAAUGUAGGCAAAACGAAUUCUGACAGAUGGUUAACACUAACUCAGAUUUUACGCUGCAAUUGCCAACUCAUAACUCAAGUCAAAAUUCAGUAUGAAUGUACAUUUUUGUAUAGUAUAAAGUAUUAAGAGCCUUGAUGGGUGACUCUCCACCCCUUGACAUCAAAUCUUAACGUGAGCCUGCACAGUUGAAGAUUCAAUUCUGAUGGUUUAUCUAAAAGUGAAUUAGUAUUGCCAUACCCCCUCCUCACCUUGUUUUUUUUUUUUUCCCAUUGUUUUUCCUGAGGGGGCCAGGGGGAAAAGCUGUGAAAUCAUUCAACCUACUUUGUAACCAAAGAUGCAAAGCUGUGUAAAUUGAUUAUUUUUAAAUGCACACUUAUUUUUUUUGUUACUUCCUCCUUCACAAAAUAUUUUGUCGCUGUUCAGCAUGUUCUGCAUGAUCUGUAAUCUUCAAACCACUUUCUUACCUCAUUUUUAUUCAGCACUCUUAUUGUAAGAUAGUCUGUGAACAGUGUAAUUGGGGGGGGAAAUGAUGUGAUGGAGAGAGAAAAAUAACCUAGUGUUACUGACACUAGUCACAGAAAAAUGAAGUGAGCCAUGUUUUGUUCAUUUAAAUGGUGUUUGAAUUUCAUAUGCCAAUAGUUUUGUUACAUUGCAAAUUUUAAUGUAUUUAAAUAAAAGCAAUAUUCAGAUUCC